UGCUAUUCAGUGUAUUCAGGACUUUGUUGUGCUGGUUGUGAUCGGUGCUGGAUGACUUGAAGUGUUGCAUCGGGAUGUAGUUACAGAGUGUAUGCAGUGGAGCUGUCUCUGUGUCUCCUAAAAUAUAGGAUCCGCUCAGUGGAGAUCUUCUAUAUCAGAUCCUUCUUCUGAUUGACCCAUCAAGGAUGGACGGGGACAAGAUGGCGGAGAGUAUAAUAAAUCUCACCCUAGAGAUCCUCUUCCGGCUUACUGGAGAGGACUACACAGUAGUGAAGAAGACCUCUAGUGAGCGCUGUCAGGCCCCUGUGUCUGAAGGAUGGAGAAGAAUCCUGAGUCCAAUCAUGGGGCCUCCACCUCACCCCCUGGAAAUCAAUAGAGAGAAGAUCCUAGAACUCACCAACAAGAUGAUUGAGCUGCUGACUGGAGAGGUUCCUAUAAGGUGUCAGGAUGUCACCAUCUUUUUCUCCAUGGAGGAGUGGGAGUAUUUAGAAGGGCACAAAGAUCUGUACAAGGACAUCAUGAUGGAGGAUCACCGGCCCCUCAUAUCACCAGGUAAUAGACCUGACUAAAUACACAUGUCCUCCCAUUAUCUGUAUGUAAGGAAUGAAUUCAGUCACUGGAUGCAUUUCCUACAGUUAAGGAAGAGAGAA